CCGUAUUCGAGCACAGUACCAUACAGCAACCAUGACUGGACGUGGCAAGGGAGGCAAAGGACUCGGAAAAGGAGGCGCCAAGCGGCAUCGCAAGGUUCUGCGUGAUAACAUCCAGGGUAUCACCAAGCCCGCCAUUCGUCGUCUGGCUCGACGUGGUGGUGUCAAGCGUAUCUCCGGUCUCAUCUAUGAGGAAACCCGCGGCGUGCUGAAGGUGUUCCUGGAAAAUGUGAUCCGUGAUGCUGUCACCUACACCGAACAUGCCAAGCGCAAGACCGUUACCGCUAUGGAUGUCGUCUACGCUCUGAAGCGGCAGGGACGCACUCUCUACGGUUUCGGAGGAGGCAAAGUCAAGGGAAAGGCAAAGUCCCGUUCCAACCGCGCUGGACUGCAGUUCCCGGUCGGUCGUAUUCACCGUCUGCUCAGGAAGGGUAACUAUGCCGAGCGUGUGGGUGCUGGUGCACCAGUCUAUUUGGCCGCCGUGAUGGAAUACCUGGCUGCUGAAGUACUCGAGUUGGCAGGAAACGCCGCUCGUGACAACAAAAAGACCAGAAUCAUUCCCCGCCAUCUGCAGCUGGCCAUCCGCAACGACGAAGAGUUGAACAAACUGCUGUCCGGUGUCACCAUCGCCCAGGGUGGUGUGCUGCCAAACAUCCAGGCUGUUCUGCUGCCCAAGAAGACCGAAAAGAAGUUUUGUUUCAACCGUAUUCGAGCACAGUACCAUACAGCAACCAUGACUGGACGUGGCAAGGGAGGCAAAGGACUCGGAAAAGGAGGCGCCAAGCGGCAUCGCAAGGUUCUGCGUGAUAACAUCCAGGGUAUCACCAAGCCCGCCAUUCGUCGUCUGGCUCGACGUGGUGGUGUCAAGCGUAUCUCCGGUCUCAUCUAUGAGGAAACCCGCGGCGUGCUGAAGGUGUUCCUGGAAAAUGUGAUCCGUGAUGCUGUCACGUACACCGAACAUGCCAAGCGCAAGACCGUUACCGCUAUGGAUGUCGUCUACGCUCUGAAGCGGCAGGGACGCACUCUCUACGGUUUCGGAGGUUAAAUUGCACUCCAAUAUUUCCCCUCAAAACGGCCC